UGUUUUGGUCAGAAAGUUUCAAAGUUGGUCUGACGGCUGUUCUCUACCUGUUUGUUUCUUUGUUUCGUUGUUUUUUUGCUUGCUUACUGUGGUUUAACUCAACGUGCCUUAUUUGGAAAACGAGUUAAUAAAACAACUAGCGUAGAUGUCAUAUAUAAAUAUAUUAGCUAGUUAUAUAUACACCCCCCAAUCUCCCGCGAGACGGUUCACGUUGCCAUUGUGUGAGCAUAAUGGUUAACACGAGCCUGUAAGGUAAACGAAUAGGCUCCAUGUUCACACGUUAAGCCGGAACUUAACCUCCGCAAAGCAAAGCAAAGGACUCUCGGACUUAACUUGUGUCUACUAAGACUCCCAAGUAGGCAAUGUGAGAUUUUAUUCGAUUUUAUUUCUUUAUUUUUGUAUCGACGCUGUGCACGUGCACUCUCGCCUGCUAGCUACUCGAAGUUAAGCUAGCAGCUUCCACACCUGCACGUUUCGUUUCCUCCAGCUCUUCUUGUUGCUGUAUGUCGAGCUUAAAGCCAUUCACCUCAUGUAUUGUUGUAAUUUAAUGUCCCACUGUGCUGCUACUCGCAUGUGAAGCUCCACUGUCCACACGCCGGUUACAUUGCGUAAAAAGCCACGCGUUUCCUUUUAAAUAAAUCACUGCCUUGAUGACCUUUCACUACCUUUUCACGUGCAAAAUGAGGAUUAAAAAUAGCCCCAGCACAAAAUCACAGGUUAUAACCAAGAUAAGGGAGAAGAGUUGAACAAUAAGAUAACAAUAGCAAUGGAACAAACACUUCAUUUAGGCAGUCUUUGGCUUGACAUUUUUUCACGUGAGCUGUUCCUAAAAGUCUUUUUUAGGUUGAAUGCCUCAGUUGACAUCUUCAACUUGUCAUGGAGUCUGUUGGGUUGUUAUCAAAUCCAGAAUUAAAGUGUGUGUAUUCCGCACCACCGGUGUUGCAUCUACACUGAUCACAUCGGCUGGCAUGAAAACUAUGAAUGCGGUGAGCUGGCGUUCCCGCGGAGCCUUUGACGAGCUGACGGACGAGAGCAACGGAAUUCACAGAAGAUAACGCCGACCUGCGUUCGCCUGUCCGGAGACCGGUCCCGGCCGGCCGCCGCCGCCGACCAUGUCGGCAGAGCGGGACCCAUCGCUUACCGCCGUCACCAACCCCAACGGGCCGGGCCGGAAGACCAACCAGCUGCACUACAUGCAGAACGUCGUGAUCAAAUCCCUGUGGCGGCACCAGUUCGCUUGGCCUUUCCACCAGCCGGUUGAUGCCGUCGCUCUUGGGCUCCCGGAUUAUCAUACGAUCAUAACAUCUCCCAUGGACCUGGCAACCAUCAAGAAGCGACUGGAGAACGACUACUACUGUAACGCGGGCGAAUGCAUGCAGGACUUCAACACCAUGUUCACCAACUGCUACAUCUACAACAAGCCCACGGACGACAUUGUGCUCAUGGCGCUCGCCGUGGAGAAGGUGUUCUUGCAAAAGGUUUCCCUGAUGCCGCAGAGGGAGGUGGAGAGUUUUCCCCCCGCCGCCAAAGGGAAAGGCAAAAAAAGUGGCACCCUGGGUGGGCAGAAUGGAGGCGUGGCCACAUCUCCUCCAACUGCGAGCCUCAGCGACACGCCCUCCGGCUCAUCCUCCGUGCCCAAAAAGCCGCCUUCACAGACCUCCGCAAAAGUGAGUCGCCCUUUUUUUUUACGUCUUCCUCGCGCUCGUUGGAAAUCGCAGAUCACGAGAAGAGCUUCCCCUCUUUUAUCGCGUCUGUUUUCGUUUUUUUUUUUAAAGGAGAAGAAAGGGCCGAAGCGCAAGCUAGACGGCGGCGCAGAUUCCGCCGCGACCGGUCCGAGUCGCGACGCCGAGGACCGGGGGGAGGAGUCGCCGGGACAAGACACGGAGCAGCUGCAGUAUUGCAACAACAUCCUGAAGGAGCUGCUUUCCAGGAAAUACCAGGCCUACGCCUGGCCUUUCUACACGCCCGUCGACGCCGAGGCAAUGCAGCUCCACGACUACCACCACAUCAUCAAGUACCCCAUGGAUCUGAGCACCGUGAAGGAAAAGAUGGACAGAGGCGAGUACCAGGAAGCCCAAGGCUUCGCUGCAGACGUGAGGCUCAUUUUUUCCAAUUGCUACAAAUACAACCCGCCGCAUCAUGACGUGGUCACGAAGGCCAUCCAACUUCAGGGUGUGUUCGAGAAGAGGUUCGCAAAGAUGCCCGACGUGCCGGUGGAGCUGCCGUCGCCAGCCAAGAGUGCCGAUUUUAGAGGGGGCGACUUGGAGGAACCGGACGUGCUGGAUGAGCCCAUCCGACUCGCUGAGGUCCAGGAACAGCUCUCUGCGUACUGUGACGUCUCUGCCCCGUCACCGAAGAAGAAAAACAAAAGGCACAAGAAAGAGGGCGGCGAGCAUCAUCGCGGCCAUGCGAAUUACAACUCCAGGAUGCCGGGGUUGCCGAGCGACGCGUGGGAUCUGGGCGACGAAGCUCUCCAAAUGACGUACGACGAGAAGCAGCAGCUGAGCCUCGACAUCAACCGGCUGCCCGGCUUGAAGCUGGGCCGCGUGGUGCACAUCAUCCAGAGGCGGGAGCCGUCGACGGGCGACGCCGACGCCGACCCCAACGAGAUCGAGAUCGACUUCGAGACGCUGAAGUCGACCACGCUGCGCGAGCUGCAGCAGUACGUCAAGUCGUGUCUGCAUAAGAAGUUCAAGAAGUUCAAGAAGUUCCAAAAGAAAAGCAGUCCUGCCGCCUCCCAUCCCGUCAGCUGCAGCCCUUCUUCGGAUUCCGCCGCCUGCACCUCCAGUGACUCCAGUUCGGAAAACAGCGACUCGUGACGGCUGCCGUGUUUUUAUUUAUUUCCUCCGUUUGUGACCAAAAGAGAGUUCUGCAAAAAAAACUGUUAAACACGCCCUGUUUUUUUUCUUCUGUUUUUUUCCGUCUUUAAAAAAACAAAAAUGGUCUCAAAUAUUUGGACUCAGUGUGGCAUUUCUCACUUCCUUUUUAUGAAUCGUAAUAUCCGGGCGCUGGUGUUUCUUAUCAGGCGCUAGAAAUUCCCCGGGGCACAUUUCAUAACGUCUGCGUUUUAAUAUCCUGCCUCUAUCAUUCAUUUUGACCCGAGCGGUUUUAAUUGCAGUGCGGGGCUUUUUCCAAAACGCACCGUUUGAAAUGGAGUUAUAUUCUUCCAGACAGCCACAUCUUUUUUUUCUUUUUUCAGUUCUUACAGUUGAGAGAAGUAAGUUUAUCUUGUGCCUUAUGAUGAUACACAAAGAUAUCACGUGGAAAAGAUUCAAAACAAUCUGGAGCACGCUGCACAGUUAUACGGGCGGCUGUGGGAGACGUGGAUGUUCAUUUUGGUUGAUUUGUUACUCUUGUACUGUAAACAGUUGGUCAAAUGUGGAAAAUUUAUAUUGAAAUAUUUUACCGUUUCAUCUCUUUUUUUUUGUUGUAUAAUGGUUUAGCACUAAAUGCACGUAGCAAUUUUCUUUUAAAUAAUGUUUAAUUCAUUUUUCAAGACUUGAGUUCAGUAAUCCAUCAAAGUGUUCAUCAUGUCCACUGGUGCGUAUGGCCAAGUAACUUGAGAGUAAAAUUAUGGCUACACGGCUCAUGUUUCAAGUCGCUACAAUUUAGAUUUUGUCGAUUCUGUUUGAACAAAAAUAGAAGAAGAAAAAAAACUACCAGCCGGAAUGUAAUUGGAUAAAGAAGAAGAAACACUUGUAUUUAUCUACUGUAUGUUUUUGUUUGGAUACUGUUAAUGUGAAGCUGGAAUAAGAUACUAUUCCAUUCAUCUGCUCAUCCGUUUGUAUUUUGUUAAUAAAAGUAAAAAGCCCAAA